AAGUCAGCGAAAACAAAUGCAAAAAAUCAAACUAAAUGCAAGUGAUGUGCUUAAUAAUUGAAUAAAAAAGUAAAAAAAUGCAUCUCAUAUCUUAUUACCAUCAAACACAAUGGGCGUUUAAUUGUUAAUGCAUCGGGCAGAGAAAGCAUAAAUAUCACUGUCGCAAGUCGCUCGUAAAUUUAAGACCGCGAGUGACGCAAAUCCAAACACAAAGUGCAAGUGAAGGCUUUCGCCUGGCAUCAACAACAACAGAUUGAGUUGCUGCUACAACAACAACAACAUCAACAACAACAAAAAAUCAGCUGUCAAACCGCUUCAAGAUGGCCAUACCGCCACCACCGGGACCACCGCCACCACCAGGACCACCGCCGCCGCCGGCCAUGGGUGGCCUGAAGCUAGGUGGCGGCGGAGGAGGCGGAGAUGCACGCUCCGCUCUGCUGAACUCUAUUCAAAAGGGAACAAAGCUGCGCAAGACGGCGACUGUGGACAAAAGUGGUCCAGCGCUGUCGGGACGUGUCUGUGAUGGUGAGGGUGGCUCCUCGGCUGCGAUGUCGGCGUCGAAGCGCACGCUGAACAACAACAACAACACCAGCAGCAACAACAACAACAGCACUAUUGGCAACGGGGCGCCAAAAUUGGGCGGUUUAUUUGAAGGUCUCUCGCAAAUGCCAAAGCUGAAGCCCGUGAACGGAGUGCGAGCAGCAACAACAACAACAUCAGUAACGAAGCCCACAACGAAUGAAACGCGAAGCAACAGCCCCCCCACCGCCGCCGCCUCAGCGAGCAUGAGCAAUGGACCCAUGGACUUCAACACAGAGCUCACAAAGCAUUUAACAUUGAAGCGCCAGAAGCAACAACAACAACAACCAUCACAGUCAUCAGCAAGCAACAACAGCACACAUAUCAAUGCAACCGAGGCAAAUUUGAGAACAAAUCGCGGACCACCACCGCAGCCGCCAAAGCAGAACUCCAGCGAAUCCAUAUUGGACCGCAUGAACAUACCUCGCACACCGGCGCCGCCCACAUCCAAUGGCAAUGGCAAUGUCAAGCCGAAAGCCUCAUCGCCCACGCUCUCGGAGAGCAGCAGCAGCGGCAGCGGCAGUGUGAAGAGCAAAGCGGCAAAUCUUAGUAUCUCGUUAGGCAAUAGUUUUGUAAAUAGUUCAAUUACAAGAACGACAACAACAAGCGCAACAACAACAGCAUCCGCAUCCGCAUCAGCAACAGCAACAAGUCGAGCAACAACAUCAACGGGAACACUGCGCAACUUGGCGCCAAACAAAUCAACACUGUUCGGUGGUAGUCCUGGUGCGGUUAGUGGUGGUGGUGGCAGUGGUGGUGCUGUUGGCAGUGGUGGUGGUGGUGGUGGUGUUGUUAAUGUCUUGCCCACGCCUCCGCCCCCACCUGCACCCACCCACACGCCCCCAAAUCCAGCACAUCAGAAGCCCGCAAUUGGAUUUGGCAAGCCAAAUUUUGCGCCAAAGCCGCCGGGUCUGCAGCAAUUGGCGCUAGCCAAUGGGCAUCAGCGUCCAGUGGUUGCGCGACAUCACAGCAUGAAGUCACCCAGAUCCCCGCCAGCUGUGGGCGCCGUCAAUGGUCCCGUGUUUCCAACGCAACAACAUUUUGGCACAAUGCGCGCUCCACUGCAGCAGACGUUGCUGUUGCAAUCCAGCGAUGGCAUCGGUGGCAGCACCAACAGCAUCACUGGCAGCAUACGCUCUGCCCCCAACCCGCCAAAGACACGUCCCUCGACGAAGCCACCGCCACCUCCGACGCCAGCGCGCAGCAUCUCGAACAGCAAUUUGAGCAGCAUUGCAGCGCCAAUCAGUGCCGUCAAUGCGACGCUGGUUCAAAGUGCGGCCAUUAACACAACGCCAGCGCCAUCUCCGCCGCCUCUGCAGCCGCCGUCUAAUUCGAGCAGCAGCAGCAGCGUUGCCACACUGCGCGAUCAGUUCCGAGUCGGUGGCACCUCGACGCCACCAACGCCGCCUAACGUCACGGCUAGUCCGAAGGCUGCGACAAUGCGAGAGAAGGUGAAUCCCAUCAUAUUGAACGGGGGACCCAUUAAUCCACCAGCCUUGCCUCCCCAUCGCAGCUGCCCGCCGCCACCGCCCCCGCAGCGACAGUCAAGCAAUGCUGGAUCCCAGCAACAGCAGCAGGCCCCCGUUCCGCCCCAGCGUCACUCCUCGAUAAGGGCGAAUGCGCCAUCAACGCCGCCCACGCACAUGGCCAAUGCGACGCACAACUUUGGCAGCAGCGGUGGCCUGGCAACGGGAAUGGGAGCGGGAAUGGGAAUGGGAACGGGAGCAUCAGUUGGUCGACUGGUCAUCGAUUUGGAGGCUAAGUUUGGCAAGAGAUUUCAUAAUGUCACCGAAUUCCCGAAGCCGCCGCCGUUUCUAAAUAUACAAAAAAUCUAUCCUAGUCGCACGCUUAAGGCCACCAAUGACGCUGUUUUGAUGCCUAACAACAAUAACAAUAACAGCAACAACAACAACAGUUCAGCUGCAUUCAACAACAAUGCUAAACCGCCAACGGUACUGAAACCAGCCUAUGCGCCCCUCAAAAAGCAUCGAGCCCCCGCGCCUCCACCACAGGCUGGCGUCGCAGCCGCCACAGUGUCUGUGAUAAGGCAAUCGAGUUUUCUUUAUGGCGGCAAUGGCACAUCAGCUGGCGCAGCGGCAGCUCCAAAUGUGCGGCCGCAGUCGCAGCCGGCGUCGGGUGUGACGCGCAAUUCAACGGUCUAUUGAGAUGGGCUCCAAAUGUAACCAUAAUUGUAAAACUGUAUCGAUGUUUAUGCUUUGUAUAUACACAAGAUUUAUAUGUGUGUUUGUACUUUGUAAUCGUUGUUGUGGUGCAGAGUCAUGUGCGUGUGUCGACUGUCCAAGUGAAAAGUGUAAAAAUAUAUAAUACUUGAGAACAGAAACAAUAACAUAGAAGGCAGAGAGGACAAUUAGAUUGUGGGUGCCAUAUUUAGCACAUAAGAAGUGUACAUUGCACAAGGAGCGUGUGGAGAGUGCGAAAGAGCUUACUUUGAGAAGCCUUAUUAAAUUUGUUGGCGAUUGCAUUACAAAAUUUAAUCCUAAUUAACAUUUAAUGAACUAACUCCCAACUAGGAUUAAACAAUAUUAAUAUUUUUAACUAAUUUUCAUAUCAGUCAAAUGUAGUUUUGUAACCUUUCUUCUGAUUUUCCUUGUGUUCCUUUUGGGAGAAAGUCGAUUUGUGAUGUAACUGAAAUUUCGAGUUAUGUAAAUUGAGCCAAGGUGCUGGUUAACUUAAUAGUAGAGUCUUCCCAGGCUUAACCGAAAUACUAAUAUAAUCUGUAUAUAACAAUUUAGCUGCAUUUGAGUUUAGACCAAAACUUAGUCAAAUUACGCACGAGACAACACCAAAAUGGGAAAUCCCCUUUAUAGUAUAGUACAUAUACGCAUAUUUAAGGAGCGUUGUGUCUCUAUCCCUAUCUUACUAGACUGAGAAAUGUUAAGCCCACAUACAUAUAUUUUUAAAUGCUAGCAAACACACACAAUAAUGUUAAAUUUAAUGCAGGAGAAACUAUCAAAAACAAAAACAAGUAUAAAAAAAUAUAGCACAACUGAAAGUUUUCCAACGAAUUCGCAUAGUCAUCAAAGUGCAUUUUCCAUUAUAAAAAUUUUGAUUUUCUCAAGUACUGAACUAUAUACAUAUAUUCUUUUUGUUUUUUGUGAUACUUUUGAAACGACAUUCUUGAAUUUCAGAUAUCAAUAAUUGUAUUUAUCAAAGAAAAAAAAGGAAAAACCUUGGGCAAUAUUAUUCAUAAACAUCAAGUGAAUUAUUAUUAAAUUUAAUCAUUGUUGUUAGACCUUUGAAGUCAUUAGCUGUAAUUAAUCAGUAUACUUAUUAUUACAUAGGAACAUUCUAAUCAACGUC